CUGAAACACCACUUCUGCAAAUCACAGUGCCACGGAGGGCAGACGCGAACACCAGUGAUGUCAGUGAUCCAGAAUCUCAUGUCACCUAUUUUAUUGAAAUUGAAGGGAAAACAUACACCCUCCUUCUUGAGAAACAGUCAUUUUUACACCCACAUUUCCUGGUGUAUUCAUAUAGCAAGUCAGGAACAUUGUAUCCAGAGUCUUCUUCUCUAAAGGGUGAUUGCUUUUAUCUAGGACAUAUUGCAGAAAUUUCAGCAUCAGCUGCAACAUUAAGCACCUGUUCUGGACUCAGGGGAUUAUUGCAGUUAGAGGACACGAGUUAUGGAAUUGAACCAUUGGAAUAUUCAUCUGCAUAUAAGCAUAUGCUGUAUCAAGUAAAAAAUAAUAAAAUUGAUCAUUCUCCCUUAAAAGAAAAUUACCCUAGGAACCAAUAUAUGCAGCAGUCCUACAGGAUUCUUGUCAAAUCAGAGACACAUUCAGAUGCACUAAAGAACAGAACUCUGAAAAUACAAAUAAUUAUGGAUAAAGCCAUGUUUGAUUUUAUGGGCUCUGAGGUGGGAGCUGCAGUUGAGAAGGUUGUCCAUCUCUUUGCUCUUGUCAACACUAUGUUUUCCCAGCUUAAAAUGACUAUUAUGCUAUCAUCUGUGGAGCUCUGGUCAGAUCAAAAUAAGAUUUCAACAAACGGAGACCCUAAUGAUGUACUACAAAGAUUUGUGUCAUGGAUGCAAAAAUUUGCAAUUCAAAGGUCCAGUGGCAUGACAUACUUACUCAUUUAUAGGGACCAUCCUGAUUAUGUGGGAGCAACAUAUCAUGGGAAGGCGUGUGACCCAAAGUUUGCUGCAGGAAUUGCUCUGUAUUCAAAGACAGUAACCUUAGAGGCAUUUUCAGUUGUCAUGGUACAAUUGCUUGGAAUUAGCCUGGGAUUAACAUAUGAUGACGUCCACAACUGUUACUGUCUAGGAGAUACAUGCAUAAUGAAUCCUGAAGCAAUACGAUCCCCUGGUGUAAAGUCUUUUAGCAGUUGCAGCCUGGAUAGAUUUAAACAGAUAAUUUCACAGCCUGGAUUUCAAUGUCUUCAGAAUAUAACUGUCCCAAAAGUGGAUUACCAAUAUAAAGCUGGAACGUGUGGCAAUUCAAUUUUGGAACCACCAGAAGAAUGUGACUGUGGUAAUGCAGAGAAAUGCACUCAUAAGAAAUGCUGCAAUCCUGCUGAUUGUACUCUCCAUGACGGUGCAGAGUGCGGUACUGGUGUCUGCUGCGAUAGAAAUUCUUGUUUGAUAAAGAGUAGAGGAAGUGUAUGUAGAAAAAGCAAAGAUUUUUGUGAUUUUCCAGAGCAUUGCAAUGGAUCAUCUGAAUUUUGUGUCCCUGAUGUGGGAUCUGCAGAUUUUGAACCAUGCAAUAACAAGACUGCCUUUUGCUAUGGAGGAAUAUGCCGAGAUCCAGACAGACAGUGUGUGGAGUUAUUUGGAAAAUUUGCUAAGGGUUCUUCUUACCUGUGUGCUGAAGAAGUGAAUUUUCAAAAUGACAAAUUUGGAAACUGUGGGUCAUCUGCUUGCGAUUUUACAUCAAUCCUUUGUGGAAAACUAGUUUGUCACUGGACGCAUGCAGAAAUAGUUCCAAUGUCAAAGUAUGAUUUGCAGUAUACUUACCUUGGAGGUCAUGUCUGUCUGUCUGCACACUUAAGAAAGACUUCAGCAACUGAUAAUACCUAUGUAGAUGAUGGUACUGUGUGUGGCAUACAGAAGUUUUGUCAAAGUGGAGUUUGCAAACUUCUCAGACACUAUGCAAAGAGACCAGCUUGCAACUCAACAGAGAAAUGCCAGGGUCAUGGGGUUUGCAAUACUCUUUUCAAUUGUCACUGUGAUAAAGGCUAUUCUCCUCCAGAUUGUGACCCAACACCAUCGUCACCAGGAGGAAGUGUCAAUGACGGGUUUUGGCGUCCAAUCGUUAAAAGAAUGCCCUUGUUUCUAAAACAACGUGCUGCUUCUCAAAAAAAUGGCCUUUUGAUCAGUUUGUAUAUAUUUCUACCUAUCCUCAUUUUAACCACCAUCAUUGUUUUUAAAUGGAAAGAUAUGAAGGGAUUCUGGAACAAAGAAGGAACAGUACACAGCGAAUCUUUAUCAGAAGACAGCAAUAGUAACAGCUUUAGCGACAACAGCCAGUCAGAGUUAAAGCUAAGUGAUAAUAUUGUAAAGCCAUGUGUUGGAGAAAAGAUAUUACCAAGAGACUCACCAUUAACUGGCCUCAUCCAAGAAUGGAAAAAAAAAAUUGUCAUGGCUUACACUCUCAAUUUCACAAACUGAAAUAAAUCCUAUGACUGAAAGUACA